UUCAUUUCCUGAGAACUGCCUGAGCCGAGCAGCUGAGAGGCAGAAGGGGAGGGAGCUGCUCACUCACAUACACUCACACUCACUCACUUACACACACAUUGUCACACACACACACACACUCACACACAUACACACAUACAUACACGCAGAGUGAGAAGAGGAGAGGAGAGGGAGAGGAGGAGAGGAGACAGAGAGGAUUGUAGAAAGGAAAACAGUCUCCACGGCUCUGCAGCUUCUGACAAGGCAGCCUAAGAAACAGGAUGUUAAUGCUUGACGGAAUGCCUGCAGUCCGAGUCAAAGCUGAGCCCCUGGAAUCGGAACAAGGGUCACCUAAAGUGCGCCCUUAUUCUGCGAUGGACGGCGUCCCCUUCUUCCUCAGCAGAGUUAAACCUGAACCUCCAGAAGACCUGCUCGCUCACGACCUGCACUUCCACACGCAGACCGAGCCCGUCGACCUGUCAAUCAACAAACCCCGCCCCUCCUCUUCAUCCACCACCCCCACCACCACCUCAUCAUCCUCCCCUCUCAGAUCCGCUUUCUCCCCGUCUUCUUUAUCGUCGUCAUCCUCCUCCUCCUCCUCUCCAUCGGUUAUCACCUCAGCCUCAUCGGUGCUCACGCCAGGCCCUCUGGUUGCCCCCGGAACCGGGGUGAGAGGUCAGCCGUAUUUGCACAUCCUGCACUCUGUGCCACCGCCUCCAUCCAGCCCUCUGAGCCUGCAGGGAGCGGGGAAGCUGGCCAGCCAUGUUCACCGCAUCCCAGUUGUGGUACAGUCACUGCCUCUCAUGUACACCACUGCCGUUCGAUCACCCUCCAGCCUCAACAACGCCAUCAUGCUACCUCUGCUGGAUGAGGUCAAAAGCCAGGGCAAAGCACACACAGACCCCAACGGCCUGUCGCCAAGGCAGAUCAAGAGUGACAGCGAUGACGACGACCUGCCAAACGUGACCUUGGAUAGCGUUAAUGAGACCGGCUCCACUGCGCUGUCUAUAGCCCGCGCCGUACAAGAUUCCAUGUCCCCGUUCAGCAUCGACAGCAUACGGCGCCCCCGGAGGUCAGAGUCACCAGAUUCCAAAAAGAGAAGAAUCCACAGAUGUGACUUUGAGGGCUGCAAUAAGGUGUACACCAAAAGCUCCCAUUUAAAAGCACACCGGAGGACGCAUACAGGGGAAAAGCCAUACAAAUGCACCUGGGACGGCUGCACGUGGAAGUUCGCCCGCUCCGACGAGCUGACGAGGCAUUACAGAAAACACACGGGGGUGAAGCCCUUCAAGUGUGCAGACUGUGACCGCAGCUUCUCCAGAUCUGACCACUUGGCCCUGCACCGACGGAGACACAUGCUGGUGUGAAUCAGACGGAGAGAAUAGAGAUACAGAGAGAAUGAGAGAGAGAGUGAUCAAUGAAACAAGACACACACAAACACAGGCAGCCGGGGGAGCGGGAUCUCCCUGUGAAUGUUUUUCAGCUGGCCUGGACGCAAACACACACACACACACACACACACACACACACAGACGCACUCACUCACACACGCACACACUCUCAUCCAUCACAAGGAGAGAAGAUGAAGAGGAGCACAAACAGGGUCACUUCUGGAUCCUCUUUGGGCUGGAAGGAAAAGACGGCAGGAUCUGUUAUUGUCAUUGUUUGGAGUCUAAUAGGGAACUGUCUUUUACAGCACUGUUUGUAAAUGUUUCACUUUGAUUUUUAAAGAUGAACUCGCACUCUUUAUUUGGACAAAAAAAUAUAUAUAAUGCAAUCGCAACAGUCUCUUUUUUUUGGUAUCUUUCUUUUCAUUAUUGUUCAAAUGGCUGCUUUUCCAGCACUCAUAAUGUGAAAGACCCCAUUGUGUGGAAUGGAUUUCCUGUGGGAGCAGACACAAGUUAGGAGCUGAACUCAAUCACAGGAAUGCACUUGGGCCUAGUUGGAGUUACAGGCAGUAUUGUUGCACCGUGGCUCCCUGUGAGUCCAAUUUGUGACCAGCAGAGGACGCCGUUUCACCACGGAUGGAUUCCUCUGCCUGCUGGAGCCUGCUGUUAAAUCCGAGGCAUCCGGCGUAGAAGUUGAACGAGGGCUGGACUUUCACCUGUCUCACAGCCAGCAAACGGUAAAUAACAAACAGCCACAAGCUGAAUGGAUCAACCUCAUCAACACUUACAGAUAUUCAACGGAAACUGGACAUACAUAUCAUCACACCAGCAAAUAAAAACACACCGUUUAUGACCCGCUCACAGGGCCGGACAACCCCAGAUCUCAUCAGUGCUAUUCUUUAUGUUGAGCCUCUUGAAAGCAUUUCUUUAAAAAAAAAUCUUUGGUGGAAUUUGUGCUGUGAUUAGCAAUCAGUAAAGUGCAAUCUUAAAGGAUAAAUAUACUUUCAGUAUGUUUUGUUUAUUGAAUCUUGCUUCUUUUUUUUUUAAAUGCCUGCUUAUUGCUUAUGUUUGACUCAGAAAAAUACAACCCCUCAUGUACAGUGAACUUUGAAACAAUCAGAGGAGAUUUCCAGUAUGUGAAGAAAAAAAAAUAGAGGCACCUUACAGACUCACGCUUUCAUUCUGUCCUUAUCAGUCUGUUUUUCUUUUCUUUUUUUUUGUGGUUAUUCAGCUCUGUUUUCUCAGCUGGGUUUUGAUGGUGAAAGAAACCUGCGUUGUGGUUUUUUGCACAGCCGCACUUGACCAUAAGCUGAAACCGACAUCAGCUGCAGUGUUACAGGGAUAGUGUGCUACCUGAUGUACAAUACAGAAGAGCAAUACAUACUGAACAAAGUGACGGGAAGGAACGCCAGCCUUCUCUUUGUUCUGUUUGCUGAUGUCAAUAUUGGAGGAGAAGUUUUCCAGCCUGGGGGCCGACUCCUCGCACUGUACCACGACUCCCUCUUGUUUGAUUGGUUCGUAGCUCCAGCACAAGGCUCUAAUCUGAUGUGUCUCAGUUAGUGAGUUACUCUGAAUCAUUUUAUUUUGUUUGUCUCAAGUACAGAAAGUCACUUGAAAUGUUCUCACCUCAGACCAGAUAUAUGUUGUCUGAUUUACCUGAGAUUUGGCUAUGGAAAUACUGAAAAGUGGAAGAAUCACAUAUGCACGGGGGGACAUGACCCCUCAAUAUUUCAAACAUUUGGACUUCUAUUGUGAUAAAAUUUAAGAUAUUUGCACCAUAAAUUGAUGCAGAAAAGGAACAAAUUUGUGUGUAAAACUACCUGAAUUGUCAACUUGUCGCGCUCCAAAUUCGGUGGAGUGGGCAGAUUCAUAGCUCUGGACCCAGGCAAGAAAAUUAAAGGGAUAGUCCAGAUUUUUUGAAGUGGGGUUCUAUGAGAUACUUAUCCAUAGUCAGUGUAUUACAUUCAGUAGAUGUCGGUCGGCACUCUCCCAAUUUGGAGAGGCAGGCAGGAGUACUGCCACAGAAGCUAACAAUGCACUGCUGUGGAUGGGGUCCGCAACAAAACGUAUUUCCGCCACCUAAAAAAUAGAUAAAAGCUUAAGUAUAUGCUAUAUUCAGAAUAUUUUCACCACUUUACCUCACUACAGAUGGCCCUUUCUGACGUGGAAGCUGUUAAUGGCUUCAGUUCCCCAUCUAUUAUUAAUGCCACCAGACUCCAUUGAGAAAAACAGUAAUUUAAAAUCGCUGAACAUGGGAGCUGCUGGUCUACAGCUGCCUCAGUCAGACAAUUUGUUGUGUUAUUGUGUGACUGUGGGGAAUCUGAAGUAGCCCUUUUAAAUGCCGAAGUCACUCAAUAACACAAACUAACUAACUGAUGGAGGCAGCAGUAGAUCAGCAGCUCCUGUCUUCAGCGAUGUAAAAUUACUGUUUUUUUCAAUGGAGUCUGGCUUUAAAGAGAUUGAUACACAGCUUCAGUUCCCCGUCAGAAAUGGCAAGUCUGACUGCAAAAUAAAGUGGUAAAAAUAUACUAAAUAUAACAUACAAUUAAACUGUUAUUAUUUUAGGUGGAUAAGAUAGGUUUUUUCUGCUGCCACCAUUGUCAGCAGUACGCUGCUUAGCUUCUGUGCCAUUAAUCUUGUCUGCUUCUCCAAACUGGGGGCAUGCUGACCGACAUGUACUGUCUGUAACACACUGACCAUGGCUAAGCACCUCUACAGCUUCAAUUCAAAAGAUCCAAACUAUCCCUUUAAGCAUGUGAUGCUUAAAAUUUUCUGGCAGAGGACCAACAUGCCCCCCCGUUCCAUAUGUCCCCCAGUAUUGAAACAAAACCUACGCCCAUGUGUAUGCAUACAUACAAAGCACAUAUUAUAUAUGUACAAAAAGAAAACAUUUUAGAUGCACUUACUGGCAGAGAUAUCUUCUGAACAUCACUUAACCUUAAUCAGGAAAUGUAAUUAAAAUGUACGUUUUUAUAGUCUUAAUAACGGACAUUUUUGCAAGUGUUUCCAACGCUCUUCAUGCCGUGUUAGAUGUGCAGACAUAAACUCAGAGCAUCAGGCCAUCCCAUAUUAUUUGAUAGUGCUGCUAAAUGCAUUUAUUGGACCGAAGCCAGUAAAAAGAAAUGGCAACCUUUUUGAUAGCAGCACCUUGAAAACCACACACACAUAUACCCGCACACACCCUCCCUUUCAGCAAAGUAGCCAAAUCCAGGAAGUCAUUUCCACACAUGCACCCAACGUAUGUGACACCCCUUUGAUUUUGUAAUGGAGAAUGGUAAUGUACGUCAUCAUUAUUUAUGUAUAUUCUUUGCGCACAUGUCAUUAUGCCCAGUUGUAUUAUCAUUUUUGGCAAAAAGCAUAUCAGCACCUUGUUUGUUUAUUAGUAUGAUUUUCAAAAUUAUUUUAUUUCAGAUGUCAAUUUAUAAACAAAUAAUCAUCAUCCUAUUUUAUCCUCCAUAUAAUGUAUAAGAACAUUUUAUUAUUGAGGGGCACUUCAUCUUUGCAUAUAACUCUUUUUCUUCUGUACAAAGGAUCUUUUUGAAAUGUUGUAAUAUAUGUGAUAGUGAAGAUAAAACUUAUUACAAAGUUCUACAGCCUGUAUAUACAUUGGAAAAAUAGGGCUUUUGAUUAGUAGAUGCAGGAAAUACAUUUAUACAUGUAAAGUCUUUUUUCAGAGACUGUAAUUUAUCUAAUUUGAUAUACAGUGAAAUGGGGCUAAUGGUAUCCAUCAUGUAAAUUAUCAUAUGUGACGUUCUAGGACAGUUUCUUUGGUUUGUGGUUUAAAUAAGUUCACAAUCAAAUCAUUUUGAUUCCCAAGGCUGAACCAGUGUUUGCUAUAAUUAACAAAUUAUUUAUAUACAUUGACCGUAUUAAGGUACUCGAUUCCCUGUGUUGCUAUUUUGCUAUACCCGGACAAGAAAUUAUAUCGAUCAAGCACAUAUCAACGACAAGUGUACUCUCGUAUUCAGUAACGUUGCAUGCCUUAAUACACCAGUUUUUGCUCAAUUCAAUUAGACUUGAAUACGGUGUCUCCACAGGACAGGGUGUAUUAUAUUUCCCGUCAGCAUCUCUCCUCAUUUUAAAGCAUAAUUUUGUAACGGUAACCAGGGUCAAAGUUAUGCAAUAAUAAUGAAUAGUGCCUCAUAUUGCAAACUUGUAAUAUCAACUGCUCUGUGCAGAGUUUGGAUUUCAACACGUGUGCUCAAAUUAAUAAACAUCCAUAAAUUUUGAAAGGAAAAAAAAAAAAAAGCACAGACGACAUUAUGCAAGUUGGACCUUUAAUGUUUCUUUUCGCACUGAGCCUUAUGCCAUUGUGUCAGACGCAGCAUCCUCCCAUAACACUUUCCCAGGCUGUUUAUAGCUCGCGUUAUUACUUUGCUCGCAAUAAGUCACUUCCUCCAAGGUGACUGAGUUACAAAGGCCUCUCGAUGUUUCAGCUUCAUCACAUGAAUUCAACACGGAAGAUAAUGAGGAAUCUUGUGGCUGGCAUUCCGGCUGUAGAGCGACGCCUUUUGUUAAUGAAUACUGAUCUUACACUUCUCUCUAUCAGUUGGAUAUCUAUUUUUACUUUCUGUGUAACAUCUGCUUUUGAUUUCCUGGUUUUUGAAAAUUUUUAAGUAGUGAAAGCCAAUUGUUUCGAGUUUGCUGAUAUUACGUACAGUAAUCGUUGUUCCUGUAUUUAUGUAAAGUGAGUGUAGUGUAAAUAUAUUCAGAUCUUUUCAUUCUUACCGUUUGAGAAAAAAAAAAGUAAUUGUGAUAUUGCUCAGCAUCGCUUCAAAAGGGAGAUUCUGCUCAUGGAAUUCCACAUCUGUAAAAGAAAAAUUUUUAAUCCUGAUAUUUUUCAAAAAUUCAAGAACAGGUGUCCUUUUUUUUUUUUUUUUCUGUUACGCUUUUCUUUUUCUUCCAAGAGUUGUUUAAGUAUCCAGUCAGUGUUUUGCCUUUUUCUCUGUAUUUUUCAUAUGGAUGGAGCUGUGAAAUUAAAAUAAGUUCAAACAUAUACAUGUAUAUUAAUAUGAAUGGAGGCAUGAAGGUUAAUAAAGUUGCAUUUUGUAUGUAA